AUGGCCACUUCCUCCAAACCUCCAGUUAUUAUCGAAAAGCCUCUUAUCAAUUGUAUUCCGGAAGAGCUUCGACAUCGGUUUGACCCUACGUUUGUUGAGUACCACAGCAAAUACAACGCAGGCCGUCUGGUCACUCACCAAGUGCCGAUUGAAGAUAUCCGGAAAGACCCUUCCAAGUAUGCGAUUGACUACGGGCACGAGCUUGUAGAUGACGGUAACCUUAUCAUUACCGAAGAAAAAUGUCCUGUGAACGGCGGCGAAAUAACUGUCCGCAUCUUCCAGCCUGGGGAUGUUAUAUCCUCGGAGAUAAGACCAGCUUAUGUUAAUUUUCACGGAGGUGGAUGGACAUUUGGCGGCCUGGCUACAGACUAUGAUUUCUGUAAAAGAGUUGUCCUGGAGCUCGGGUGUGUCGCAUUUGAUGUUGACUAUCGACUGGCGCCGGAGUAUAAGUUUCCAAUUCCUAUUGAUGACUGCUGGACGGCGUUGAAUUGGAUCCGAGACGUUAAAGCUUUACAGCUUAAUGUAAAUCUGGAUAAAAUCGCUGUCGGAGGGGUCUCAGCGGGUGGUCAUCUCUCCACAGUCAUAGCCCACAUGUGCCGCGAUGAAGGCAUACCACUCGCCUUUCAGUUGCUAGGAGCGCCAGUAUGCGAUAUCCACGUCUUCACACCAACUGGCGAGCUUCGACCGGACUGCGAAUAUGAAUCUUACCGAGAAAUGUACCACGCUCCUCCUCUCCCCGCGGAACGUAUGAUGUUUUUCCAUAAAUGCUUCGUCGGAAACCCCAGACCAGCUGAGCUUGACAACUGGAAAGUAUCGCCGAUUAAGGCACCGAACUUUAAGAACUUGGCUCCGGCUCUGAUCUGGACUGCGGAGAUGGAUGUUUUGAGAGACGAGGGUGAGGCAUAUGGACGGAAAAUGAACGACGCCGGGUCAAAGGCGGAAAUUAUCCGACUUAAAGGCGCACCACAUAACUUUGCACAUCUCGAUGCUAUCUUGGAGAGCGGCAAGAUGUAUAACAGGGAGUCGAUACGAGCCUUGCGUGAUGCAUUUGGGGGCAGCUCAUGA